CAUUUAGUCAAUUUGUUACUCUAAUAAUAAUGGUGUACCAUUAAUCAAUGAAUCCACCUAGGAUAUGAUCUAAGUCACCUACUAGAGUUUUCCACCCAAAAAGAAAAUCACAACAAACUCUCUGUCCCCCGCCAUUAUAUUAUUAAAAAAAUUAUAAUUAGAAAAAAAGUUGGAAAACUCACAUGCUCUUCUUCUUCUUCAUAUUAUAAAAUUCCCCUUCUCAUGUGCCCACUACUUUCUUUACAGACUUUCUAAACCAAAGCUCUCAUCAUCAUCAAUCAUCCAAGACCACCAUAACCAACCGAGCGAUGACCUCCGUCGAUCUCUCUCUCAUCCGACCGCUCACAUACUCUUAUUGUCGCCGAUCAUGCUAGCUUCCGUCUCUGCCGCCGCCACUUCUAUCUCUUCCUGGCUCCACAGUCGUAGGAUCCGCUACCUAUUUCUAUUACUCUGCUCACCGAUCCUUCUUCCUUUCCUUUGCGCCAGUUUCCCCUUCCUCUGUGCCGCCGAACUCUGCCUCCGCAUCUGCAGCCGCCGCCGGAAUCGGAGGAAGAUUGCCGACGAGUUGGAGGAGGAUGAUCGGCUCCGGCGAUGCGAGGAGGGAUGCUGCGGCGGGUAUGGGCCGGGCGAGGGAGAAGGAGUAGGGCUUCUGCAGAGGUAUUUGGAAGAUCAGCUUGUUCUGGUUGGAUCUAUGUACGAUUGUGGUGACGAUGGUGAGAUCGAAGAUGGUUUGGACUCUGAUUUUUACGCACAUCCUGGAGUAGGGGAAGGUUGUACGGUUCCUCUCUUGAACUGAUUUUUUUUGUUGUUUAUUAUUAUUAUUAUUUGUGUCAAUUAACACAAAGUUUUAGUAUACACUGAUUCUGAUUCUGAUUUUCU